AUGGCUCCCACAGCCGUCGUCCUUGCCUCCCCACCGCCACCAGGAUUGCAAGAGGCCACGAAAUCUUCAACCUCCCAGUGGCAGGAUCAUCUUGAGGAGCUUUUCAAACGCGCCAAAGACCGAUUUCCAGACGUUGUAUGGGAGCUUACCGGCGAGGGCGGCGUUGAAGAAGUAUGGGGCCACAAAGCCAUUGUAUAUGCUCGUGCACCUCCUUCCUUUCAAAACCGUUAUUUCUCCUUCCGACCGUCAACACCCCCAGUGGACACUACUUCUGCACUCUCUCUUGAUGUACCCCCGUCAAUUCUUUCGCGCACCCCAUCGCCAGUACAAUGUCAGAUCCCCCUCCGUCUGACCACGUCAAUCAACCCAACGCUUUUCUCCAAUGAACUCGAGUACUUGUACACAAGCCAGGGAUUUGGGGAAGCGUUCGAGUUUCUUUUCGACUCAUCUGAUGGAGAAGAGCAUGAUGACCCCGAAUCCAUGCGAAUUGAUAAACUGAGAAAGGAUCUCGUUUUCAUGUGGCGGUCACGACUAUACUCAGAUGUCCGCAUCGCGCUCACGGGUAACUUUUCCUCUUCACACGAAAAUACUACAGCCAUUUUCUCCUCCCAUCGCUUUAUUCUUGUUUCAAGGUCACCGUACUUCCGUAAUGCUUUGCUGGAUUGGCCCUCAACCCCGUCAACGACGCUUAACCUCCCAUCACCCCCAUUCACUCCCGCCUCACUCCACUUUACGUUAGGAUUCAUUUAUACAGGUACUCUUAUUUUCUCUCACAGAUCCUACGAUCUUUCUACGGCUUUCGCUAUCCUCCGUUCUGCGCUCUACCUCGCUAUGCCCUCUCUUCAGGACGAGAUUCAGGCGCGCAUUGCACAAGAAAUGCUUCAUGGACUCUUCCAUGCUUUCCUCCCAUUCUCGGAGUACGAGCGAAUAACUGGAGGAAAAUGGGGCACUGGUGGCUGCCGCUGUCGCCAAUGCGCGAGAAGGGCUCCAAGAGUCCUCGAGUUUGCUCUAAGUGAAGACGUCAAGAAUGCCCACCUCGAACGAGGAGCUCGUCGAGCACUGGUUGGGUUGUUUGGAGAGGGCUGGUGCACCUCCGAAUUCGCAUCCCUUACACCAAAGCUGCGCGAGUCCCUGUUGAAAGGACUGGGGAAGCGAACAACCCCGCUGAACGUUUUUCCCCUGCUCUUCGCUGCAGAACAUGCUUUGGUCAAGAUUGGCACCAUUAUUGAACCGUGGGGGGACACGGUUAGGGAUAUGCUUGUGGCUGCAAGAAAGGCAAUCGACGAAACCAUUUGCAAGGAGUCGGAAGCCUGCUUCGAGAGUGCUGAAUGGAUGGAGGUCAUGGAAGGGGACGGAGUUCGAUUUGAAGAUGGGGAAAGAGUCGAAUGGGUCAUGAAAUCCGUCAUGAGAGGGGUCAAAGAAGUUUGGGCGGCUCCACUAUAUCAGACCCUCGUUUCCUCAAUUCUUUUGCGGCCACACCCGACUGAAGCAAAUGCGCCUCUCCUGUCCGCCACAUCACAUAUCCGAGUUCAAGUAGAGCAGACCAGGCUCGAACUGCUCAAGUGGAUUGGAAAGCGGUGGAUUGCCAUCAGGCAAGAACGCGGCUUUGAUCCCCUCGAUGGAUGGGCAUUAAAGGAAAUCAGCGAUCACAUCGAAGUACCUAUUGAAGACCUGUUGAACCCUGCACCACCAUCUUACUCCUCUAACACAUCUUCUCCACGAAAUACACCCAACUUCAGGACGAAACAGCACCUCCGCCCGAUCUCUACCCACCCACACACUUCACGAGUGGACGCUGAGAGCGACGUCGCAAGCAGCAUGCGUGAUGCGGGUAGCAGCGUCCGGGACAUUGCGAACAGUACGCGCGCGAACUUGUUUGCCAAGAAUCUUCCUAGCAAGCACGGAUCUUCGGCCAGCUCCGUGCGCAGUGUUUCUACUGUUGGCACUGUGGGAGGGGGCGCAAGGCGAGUCACAAACCCCACUAGCUCCGACGUGGUAACUCCCGCGAGAAGGGUAAUGCUAGACGCCACUAGAGGUGUAGACCCCAAGGAUGGAGAUAGGCCUGAUUCAAAAUUAACGCCUAGGUCGCCUUCAAUGAUUAGCCCUCUGCCCGACUCUAGAACGCCAUCGCCCACUCCACCGUCAAUCGUGGAACCUGAGAACAAUUAUUAUGAAGAGGAUGAAGAAAAUCAUGGUGAUGACUAUGAUGAUGAUGAACAAGAAGGCCCAGUUCUUGGCUCCGAUGACCGGCACUUAGAUGGUGACGGCGACGAGAAGAGCAUCAUGAUCACCGCACCCACUUCACCUGUCACGCCUCUGACUACUCCUUUGAAAAAGACGCUUAUUACGAAGGCGUCCCUGGCAAGUAGCCGCACAGGUUCCCGACCCAAGUCACCUGCAUCUUCUGUCCGCUCGCAUGCCUCUACCAUUCGAAGGUCAGGCGUGAGUGGGGUCGUAACUUCUCGCACCGGAGGUUUACAAGCCGCUGCGCCUAGGCCCAACUCACGAGGAAGUACGAGGACGACAGCGACAACGAAUUCGAGAACAUCUACCAAUACGCGGAUGACAACGUCCGGAGCCGCUGCGCGCACACGCUUGGGGGCGAAUACCAAAGCGAACACUCGAUCUACAUCUACGAUAUCUACAACAUCUACACGACCCAUGUCGAGCCUGUCAACCGCUUCAACUCACUCACGUCGAAGUCCAACAUCAUCUCAGUCAAUGUCAAGACCAGAAUCAACCCACUCCAACGCCAAUUCCAGGCCCACAUCAAGCGUAUCGAACACAGACACCGCUACUAACGAAAGUUUCAGGACGGCUAGCUCUGGGAGUAACGUUGGGUUAUCAACACCCGUUGUUAGGUCAAGAAAGAUCAGUGCUUCAUCGACAAGGACCAACUCUACCUCAACCAUGGCUAGCGUUAAAACGGCGGGGACGUCUCCAAGACCGAAAUCCACCGUUAGUGUUGCCGCUGCACCACGGGUAAGGAGGGUAUCUGGAUCGAGUAUUACUUCCGUUGCUGGGGCGAAGGGCCCAGCAAUGAAAAGGCCUCCUCCCGUGCCGGUUACCAGCCCAACAAAGUCACUUCCUGUCGGAAAGGGGGUUAAGAGAACUACGCUGAUUGUCGGCGGGAAGAGUGGUGCUGCUACUCUUGCAAGGCAGGGGAAACCCAUUUCAGAAGUUGCUGAGAAAGAUCCAGCACCGAUAUCAAAAGGUGUUCAAGGUCACUCUCUGAAGGCUGCCGAAGGGCAAAACACUUUGCAGGACGAUGACCUCGCAAAGAAUGCUGAAGUCGAAGCUCCAAUGAAUUCGGACAGUGACGAGAAGGUACUAGAGGACUCUCCAAUGGAUACCGACUGUCAUGUUUUACCUCCCUCUCCCUCAAUAUCGACGAGUACGAUCGCCAAGGCGCCUAUCAAGAAACCUGUUUCAAACCCGUUGCCUACUGCAACGACCGAUAUCAGCAAUGAACACCACAAGAAGAGUGGCAGCUCAGCCUCUUCAGCCAGUGUGGCGACAUUGAAGAGAAAAGGUUCGUCUGAUACCAUUACAACAAAGGUUAGGGCCUCUGGCAGUUCGAUUGGUUCUGGUGCUUCGAUCAAGCCUGCUGCGGCUGGUACUUCCACACAAGAAACACGGUAUUCAGGCCCAAAGCAACCUAUAUUGUCAAAUGGACACAACGAACCUGUUCCACGGGGUGCGACUCUCGAGAUCGGGAUUCCAUGUAUAAUUUCCUCAAAGCGGAAGCGAUUCAAGGCUUAUGCACGUUACAUUGGCGAAGUAGAAGGAGAGACUGGGCCAUGGGUUGGAGUAGAAGUGCCAAUGCCUGUUGGCGAAAGUUGGGGAGGCGACUACCACCGAGUCAAUGGUGAUCGUUCGGAGGACAGGCAGUGGAACGAUGGCACCUGGGGCGGCAUACGAUAUUUUGAGAUUGGAGGAUUGGGUGGAUCGGAGUGGGACUAUUCUGGAGAAGACAGGGCGGCGAGGAGGAGGCGAAUCGAUGCGGGAAGUGUUGGAGGGGCUGUGUGGGGCAGGGAAGUGAGCCGUGGUGUGUUGAAAAGAGACGGUGAUCAGAUGAGUGUUGGAGGGGAACGGAAGACGAAGAGGAUGAGGAGUGUUAGUCCGGCAGUGUCGGAUACGUCGGGGGUAGAGUCAAGGGGGUUAUUCGUUCGACCGCAACAAGUUCUCUACGUUGUGGAUGCUGUGGGUUCAGAUUUGUGA